CCACACGCGUCAGUUCUGUUUUACUUCUGACUGAGAAAGCCUCUACAUUCUAUAUUUUAAUUUUCCCAUAAAUUUUUCUAUGUUCUUCUAAAUCUACUGGUUAAAAAUGGCAAUGUCUAAGUAACAAAUUUUUAACGAUCGAAACUGUGCGCGAUAUAAUGUCCGAUAGCUUCAAUAAUCAUAAGGGUAAUCAGAACAUCCAAGGUCGAGCGAGUCUCUCCUCAAGAAUGCAGCGAGGUUUUAAAAAAAUGAAGAAGAGCAUUCAGAAGAUAACUGAAACUUCGACGAGUGUUCAAGCUCACUGCGUUUUCGUAGAGAACAUUCAAGACGAGGAGAAGCAAUCGCGGUACAUAGUACCGGAACGGCUCUCCUCUUUAACGCGCCAAACGGGAUUCACGAAGGACGAAAUACGAAAGCUUUAUCGUGCUUUUAAACAGCAUUGCCCGAGAGGAGCGGUAACAACGAACGAUUUGAAACCAGUUUACGCAAAAUUAUUCCCAUUGGGAGAGCCGUCUAAAUACGCGCAGAUCGUUUUUAACGCUUUCGAUAGGGACAGAGACGGAAUCGUAAGUUUCAGUGAUCUCCUCACUGAAAUAUCCUUGAUCACCAAUGGUGACACGGAUCAGAAACUCUCAUGGAUCUUCAGGUUUUACGACUUGAACGGGGACGGUUAUAUCACGAGAAAAGAAAUGUUGGUCAUAGUGUCGGCGAUUUAUGAGAUGCUACAUAACGGGCAGACUAUUCAACGGAUGAUAGACAGACACGUGGAUAAGAUCUUCAAGAAGAUGGAUAUUGAUAAGGACGGAGUCAUAUCCCAAGAGGAAUUCAUGAGCACUUGUAAAAAUGAUUCUGCAAUCCAAAGUCAGCUGGUAAUAUUUAAUCAGUUUUGGUGAAUUGAGUGGACAAGAAAAAUUCCUUCACAGUAUUACUCUGUAUAUUCUGAGGAAUCAGAAACUAAUAAUUAUUAUAUUCUAAAAAUUAUGAGAAAGAUGUAUAAAAUGUGGGUAAUAUAUUUACAUUUAGAAUGCAA